UCAACUUUCUAGCUCCGCCCUCAUGUCCUGCCUCCUUCUCUGAAUGGCUGAAAGGCUGAGGAAGCAAGCUUCCCAUUGGCAGCGGGCGGAACCCACAUCCGUUUUGCACAUCGAGCCGGAGGGCGCGGAGGCAGCCAUGGUGCGGUUCAAGCACAGGUAUCUGCUCUGCGAAUUGGUGUCGGACGACCCCCGCUGCCGCCUGAGCCUCGAUGACCGAGUUCUGAGCAGUCUCGUACGGGACACGAUCGCCCGGGUGCACGGGACUUUCGGCGCAGCCGCCUGCUCCAUCGGCUUCGCGGUUCGAUACCUCAAUGCCUAUACUGGAAUAGUGCUACUUCGAUGCAGAAAAGAAUUCUAUCAGCUUGUGUGGUCAGCUCUUCCCUUCAUCACGUACUUGGAAAACAAAGGACAUCGUUACCCAUGCUUUUUCAACACGUUACAUGUGGGAGGUACAAUAAGAACAUGUCAGAAGUUCCUCAUUCAGUACAACAGAAGACAGCUGUUGAUCUUGUUGCAGAACUGCACUAAUGAAGGAGAGCGGGAAGCUAUCCAGAAGUCUGUGACAAGAAGCUGCUUACUAGAGGAGGAGGAAGAGUCAAGUGAGGAGGCUGCCGAAGCAAUGGAGUGAACCUCUGCUCACCAUACAGCAGGCUACACUGUGCUCAAGCUUCAAGCCCACUUGUUGAACAGAACAUUCUGGGUAGCAACAGCAUCUUCUACAUUUUCCUAACUGGAUAACUGCAACCAGAGGACACGUUACCCACUUGAAAUGGAGUACGCAGUUAAACUGAAGUUGGCUUUACCUAGCAUUCCCUGGUUAAGUGCUGUAGGUUGUGAACUCUGUAUAGACAUCUUUGUAUCUAAUUGCUUGGCUAAGAGUAGGUUUAAUAAAUGUAUCUGGUUUCCUUGGUAA